CGUGGGUUUGAAGAUUGGUUAUUGUUAGCGUGGGUUGGUUAAGAUUUAUUUUACGUAAAAUCACUAUUUUCACUAAUUUGUGCGUAUGAAUUUGAUACUUAAAUGAUUUAUUGCAAUAAGCGGUACAGAGUGGUUGCCUAUGAAGUAGUAAACCUUUACAUUUGAAAGGGAUAGUACAACAGGCAGUCACAAUGUCACAACAAUACAGUUUACGGUGGAAUAACCACCAACCAAACUUUAUAUCGAUGUUUACAACACUUCUAAACACCAAGACACUUGUAGAUGUCACACUUGCAGCCGAGGGCCAACACUUACAAGCUCAUAAAGUUGUCCUUUCAGCAUGCAGUACAUAUUUUCAGGCUCUUUUUGUGGACAAUCCAUCACGUCACCCAAUUGUUAUCUUGAAAGAUGUAUCUUUCUCUGACCUUCGCACAAUGGUAGACUUCAUGUACUAUGGUGAGGUCAAUGUUACAGAAGAGCAGUUGCCACAGGUACUGGACACUGCAAAAUUACUGAAAAUCAAAGGUCUCACUGAGAUGCCUGAUUCAACAUCUCUCACACGGCAAAAUACAUCAUCAGACUUCCAGUCAGCAGGGGAAUCUAUGGAAUCACAUAGGCCUUCCGCUUCACCAUCAUCAUCUCCAUGUAAUAAAAGAAAAAGACGCCGGAAAAGUUCUUCUGGUUCUACAACUCUAGGCAAUCUGGUGCAUGAUGAAGUUAAGAAUGAUGAGUAUGGGCAAAACUCACAUGACAUUGUCCGUGGCGAGACUAUCACACUCAGCAGUCUGCCUCAACAAAGACGCAUGAGAGAAUAUGAAGAACGGAUGGAUGUCAUUCAGCAGCCUGGAGAUGCACAUAAUCUAAAUGUUGACCCGAUGACAAUCGAUAACAACACAGUGGGAAUAGCACAAGGUAUGUCAGGAGGACAAUGGAGUAUGUUGGAGCACACUUACCCGCGAUACCCAAAUGCCGCUUGUAUCGGAGGGGCAGGGCUGCAACCAGACCCAGGAAUGUAUAUCAACAAUGUCAUCAACCCUCACACCGAUCACGAAAUAAACGAUUACGGUCAAAAUUUAGGGGUACCUGGCCCUUCGCCGGGCCCCAGUUGUGCGGCGGAAGCUCAAACAACCCAUGACAUAUCAGCUCCAAAUCAACCAAAACGACGGCGCACCACAAAUCCGCAGGCUGCGGAAAAUUUUCAGAGAGCAUUGGAAGCGGUGCGCAUUGGUGGUAUUGGGUUCUGUAAAGCGGCACGAUUGUUCGGCGUGAACAACAGAACACUGUGGUUGGAAUACAAAAAGAAGGGCUACCCCAACAACAGACCAAGUAUCAAGAGUAGGAUCAAGCGCGAGCACUCGACACCGCCGAUCGAAACUAAAGAGGAGAUGCCGCAACAGGAGCAGCAGAUGGCGCUGAUAUGUCCGCCGCACUCAGUGCCCGUCGGGUUCCUCGACCCGCGGCCGCAGGACUUCCAGGUGCAGGUGAACAACUCGACGCUGAACGUAAACUACCAGAUGCAAUAGAACGCGGCUAGCGGGGCGCAGGGUGUCGAGUCGUACUCGUUGUGACCGGGGUGGGCCGGCGGGCCGCUGCCCCCGCCCGGCCCCGCCCUGCCGCUCCUGCUCGCGCCCUCCGACCCGUGGUGUGUCGUCAACAUGCAAAUGCCCCUGUAAAUAGUUACUCAGUUUGCGGCCCGAGCACGUGACUUACUUGGAAGAUAUUAACUCGUACAUCUAAAAUUGAGGUCUUCCGACUUUAAGAUAUGUUGAGAAGAGCUAUUUUUUUAUAUGAGGAUCGAGCGACACAGAAGAAAAAUCACCCUAAUUUGUAUAAGUGUGGUAGUCAGGAAUACUGGUUGCUACUCAUGUGAAAAGAAUAAAUCUUCCAGCGACAUAGAUAUACAUGGAAAAACACAUGCUCCUGUAUCAUUAGAUGAUGUAAAAUACUGUUCAACGAACUUCAAAAAACGGAAGAUGUUACCAAUUCGACUAAUGGUUUCAAAACUUGAUGAGACAGAAACAGAUGUGUCACAAAGACAUAAUAUAUGCAUUCUACAAUGCAGACAUUGCAAUUGUAUUCUGGACAAUUUCUAUCAGACUUAAAACAUACCUACUUGAGUAUCGAAAUCUUGCAUGCCAUAUCACUGUAUUGUAAAUAUAGUAUAUUCCACUUUGAUUCUCUUACCUCAAAGUAUAAGAACUUUUGCCCAUCUAUGUGGUAUUAACGCAAUUCUUCACUGAACUUUGCCGUUAAGGUAACGCAGAGGAUACAAGAAGGAUAAGUGUAUUACAGUACAGUGAAAAAAAGUGGAUGCGCUUGGAGUGUAACGCUGGGCGACGUUACAUCCCCAUCGGGUGAUACAUUGCCAUAAAAUAGUAUAUUUAGAUCUCAAUAGAACAGUAAGGUUUAUAAGAUAUUUGUAAAUGCUUUAGUACCAUACUAUGCAUUACUUAGAUUGUAAGAUAUGUGAAAUGUGAUAGCGAAUUUAUUAUUAUUAUUACGAUAGGAUCAGAGUGAAGUUCUAACGACCAUGUUGUUGCAUUGUUGAGCUUUAAAUCAUAACACAAAAGGCAGCUUAAGUUCAUUUGUAUGAAAUCUACCUCCGCUUAAAUAUUCUUACGUAUAGUUUAGUUGUGAUUGAUUAUGCAUCAGUUAUGUGUCUACCAGUGAAACGUAAUUCUGUGAUAGUAUUUUGAAAUAUUAUUACAUUUAAAAAAUUUACUUGCUUAAUUUUUAUUGAGCACAAACGAGCAAGAUCUUCAGUAUGUUUUAAAUUUAUAUAGCAGAAGUAUUUUUGUAAUUGUAUUGUAUUUAUGCAUUUCUUUUUUAAGUAAGGUAGAAUGUUGGCGAAACAAUUUCUUAUAUACUUUUAGACAAUACUAUUGCAUUCAAAAUCAGAAAUAAAAAUCUUUCUUCAAGUAUUUUUAUGCGAAAGGCUGAAUUUCCUUGUGGUUAUUGUGAAAACGCUGGGCGAAAUAACAAUAUCUCAAAAUCAUUUAAAUUAUUACUUAAAAUCGUACCUUUACUUUUAUAUGAAAAUCAAAAUAAGUGCGGGUGUCGAUAAGAAGUAUAAAAAUCCAUUUUAAUAAUAAUAAUAUUGUAUAGAUUUUUAUUAUUAUUAUAUUUCGCGCAAAUACAAUAGUGUAAACCAAUAUACUCAAUAUGUUCAUCUCGAUGAUAAAAAACAAAACAGAAUGCUGCUCUAAUGCGGGCUUUAUCAUUAAUAGCUGUAAAUAUUUGUAUAAAUAAGUUAUUCUUGCAUAAUAUAAUGAACGGUAAACAUCACAAAAAUAAUUCGAUUAGGCAGUAACGUUAAUAUGAAGAUUGCUCUAAUGCUAUGUGUUAUUGUGUUGAAUCGUGGCACCUUAAUUCGCAAACGUGCAUAGGUUAAUAGCAAUUCAAUUAAAAAUGUAAAAAUAAUUGCAAUUUAUUAAUCACGCAAUGAAACCGAGCCCAAACUUUUCUGGUAAUAUUAAGAAUAAAUCCAUUUGAAGCACAGUCCAUAGGUACAACCUGCGCAACUAUUUGAAGAGAUUUAGCUAGUCGGCCUGUACCAAUUUGCAUUGUUGCGUAUAUAUAUAUAUACGUAUUUUUUUAUUUGGAAUUUCGAUAUUACCCCGGUGGUAUAUAUAUUUAUUAUUUUAAUAGUACAUUGUAUAGAAGGAUCACCCUACUUACGUUACGAUUAUAUUUUGUUUGCAACACUCUAGUUGUAUUUUUAAUAUUAUUUACGUUUUGUAUAGGUGUAUUCAGAAAUGUACUUAAUGUUCUCGUGGUAUAUUUUUACAAGUCAAAUUGAACAUCCCACAAUUUAUUCUUAACCAACUUGCCAUACUAUUUUCUAUUCGUAGCGUACUUUAAAAAUUGGUUAACGAUAUGAAUAAAAAAUAAUAAUAGAGAAUGCGCAGAAAAAAUAAUAAUGCGUAUUGUUAAUGUUUCCUUGGCGGCUUCUUAUUAUAAUUGUAGCUCUAUAAUUGAAGAACCCGGUCAAUUUCGGAACGGUUAAUAAUCUACUUUGAUUGCUAGAGAGAUUAUAAACGCGAAAACUUUUUCAAGAUCGCCGGCGCGAGAUAAAAGUAGCAAGCGAUCUCACGAACAUGUUUCUACAAGCCGUAUAAAUAGAAAAAAAUUAAUUUAUCUUUCUGGAAAACACACGCUAAGGCCUAAAAAAUUAUUAUAUACUAAAUAGCUUUUACACAAUAACCAUUUUAAUGACCAAAGUUGAUUGUAAAGUAUUAUCAACAAUAUCUUAUGCUGAUAACACUAGUUAAUUUAGAGGGUAGUUUUCCUUAACAUAAAUAGGUGUUGACACAUGUAUUAUGCAUGUUUAAUUGGAAAGGUCUUUUGGUUUUUAAUUUUAGUAUGUAAUCGGGUCCAUUAUUAACAUUUUAAAUGUUUUUAUUCAUAUCGUACACCUGGUUAUAAUUAUAUUUAUAUACAAUUUCUAAAACAUUUGAUAUAAAAGGUUAUAUUAAUUAUUUUAAAAUUAGAAAGUAAUUAAUUGCAGCAUUGUUCAGUAUUGCGUAAAAAAAAAUGUUUUUAGAUAGUAUAUAUGCAAUAAUUUAAUAUAGGAAGCAUAUACAAAUAACGUACGUUUUUGUAAUAAUUAUAUAGCCUUAAUUGUGUAUUUAGGUAACUAAGUAAAUUGUAUAACGCUAAAUGUCCGAAUUAAUAAGCAAAUAAUAGUAAACCUACUUAUGAUUUGCUGCGUGCAGGCCUACACUAUCUAUUUUCUACAGAAUUCGAUCUCGAUCCCAUGUGUAUGUAUAUAGACAUGUUCGAAAUAGAUACCAUGCAUUUAUAGAAAUAAGGUAGUAUUAAAUUGUGUCCUACAAGUAAUAUUAGUGUGGGAAGUUAUUAAAUAAUUGAAUCUUCACGUUAGGGAUUGUAUAAGUUGUCUUUGAGUUACUUUAUAAGCAUGCCAAUGACUGAGUAAUAUUCGAAUAGAAAAAUGUUUCAUUUUGGCGAUAUUUUUACUUUAGAAUGGAAACAGUAAUCAAGAUCUCUUUCAUUUCGACUGAUUUUUUUAAAUAUUCUAAGCUUUUUAUAGUGUACUUUGCAGUAGCUUUUUUUUUACAGAAGAUAUGUUGAGUGUGCUGAUUUAUUUUGUAUACAGUAUUGUAAGGGUGGAGAAGGAGGUUCUAAUAAUAUAUUGUAUUUGGCCAAUAAGAAAAUGUAAAUAAUUAUGCAUGCGAUCAUUAUCAUAAUUGAAAUAUGUAUACUGAAGCAAAAUCUUUAAAAUAAUAUACUUAAUAAUAGUUAUAAAGGAAAUUAAUUUAUGUUUAACAUUGGAAAUGUCUGGCAUAAUCAAAGUCUUCUGGAUAAAUCAUUGUAAUCAGUAUAUAUUCACAUUUUGUGUAGAAGUGUGGUAAGGUAACCGUAAAAUGUAUUGAGCACUGUCAGACAUUUCUUGCUCCUCUUGAAUUUCACUCUCAUAGAACACUUUGUGUAAAUUGGUAGACUGUGUAAGUUUUGUUACCAGAUUAGGGCAUUUAAUGUAAAGUGGCGCUCUAGUAGUGACCCCUGAGACUGUGUAUAAUUUUUCAGUAUUAAAAAGACGUUUGAGUACUUUAGACAAAUUGUCAAUUAUUUUAAUACUUUUCAAUAUGAUUCAAAUUAAGUAGAAUAAAUACGGCGUGUAUAUACAAUGUAUUAAUGUAUAACACAUUGUGCAUUAACUGCGGUCAUGUCGAUACAUAUUGGGUAAUAAAUGUCAUGUCAUCUUUGUAAAUUUGUGCGUAGCACUACAUUAUACCAAAAUAGGCAAUAAAGCAUGUGGUUAUUUUAUAAAA